GUUCCAUAAACUUUAGAAUCGCCCAGGAUAUUACGUCAGUAGGGAGUUGUGCAAAUGAAGAUGGCGACUUCUAUGCAAGAAAGAUUGGAUGAAGCUGGAGCAAUAGAACAUGGGUUUUCUUUUCAAAGAGUAUCUUCUUCUGACCAGCUGCAGCAAAAUAGUGUUUUGUUGGCACUACCCCCCGAGAUCGUGGAAGGCAUCCUCAAUUUUUUGUCCUAUGAUGAAGUCAGUCGUCUCCGUCUGAUUUGUAAGCGAAUGGACCAGAUUUGCCAGAGAAUGCUAACCCAGGGAUAUCUAAAGGUGGAACGAUACUAUAGCUUGUGUCAAAAGCAGGUUAAAGCCCAGCUUCCAAGGCGGGAGUCAGAGAGAAGAAAUCAUGCACUGGCUCGACAUGCAGACAUUCUUGCUGCUGUAGAAACUAGGAUUUCACUGCUAAAUAUGACUUUCAUGAGAUAUGUGGAAUUCAGUCUCUGCUGCUUUAUUCCUGGGAAGGUAAUAGAUGAGAUUUACCGAGUACUGAGGUAUGUCAAAUCUGCACAAUUCCCUCAGCAAGCCCCUGAUGUUGUACAAGAACUGCGGGAUAUAUCUUCUAUGGCAAUGGAGUACUUUGAUGAGAAGAUUGCACCUUUUCUUAAGAAGAAACUUCCUGGAGCUGAACUAUCAAGUCGAAUCCUAAGUUCACCCCCAGGUCCAUCAACAGCACUUUCAACAAUGCAGCUCUUCUCCAAACAGAGCCCUUCAAGAGAAGAAGUGACAAAGCUCCUGCAGCAGUUCAGAGCAACUGGUGCUAUUGUACAAGCCCUACGGCGUGAAGUGACAGAGCUCCGUACUAAGCUACAAGAACAGCAGAAGCAUCUUCAGGAUCAAGAUCAGAAACUGUUAGAACAGACACAAAUUAUAGGAGAACAGAAUAUGCGGCUUGCUGAACUGGAACGAAGGCUGCGUGAAGUGGUGGACAGUGCUGUAGAAAGUCCUUCCUCUGCUGCUAGCUCAGCUCAAGAGACUCCAGGGAAACGUAGGAAGUUGACAGAUAUUACAGACUGUCCUCAACCACCUAAACGCAUACGAUCAAAAAAGUAACUUGACUGUAUCCGCUUAGACUGAUACCUUAAUUCAUUAAAUGAGACUAGCAUUUUUUAAGGAUGUAUGUCAAAUUUUACUAAUGUUUUCCGAUGAGACCUCAGUAUAAAACCAUUAUACUCAAAACUUCUUACUGGAAUGAUGGACUGCUGUCCAGAAUCAGACACUUCAUUUACCCAGUCAUGUUUGUCACAUCUCAGUUUUGUUGAAUGUUUGCCAGUAUAUUUUUUAAAUGUAAAGCGGCAGCAGCUAAACAUAAACAAGUGUGGAAUAAGUGAUAAGGGUUUCCUUCCUCUGUAUAGGAUUCCUCAGGACAAACUUGGCAGAUGAUUAAGGCUCAAUAAGAAAUUUAGCAUUAAACCACAUUUAAAACAUAUGACGUAUAGGAAAUGAAUGGAUGUCCUAUUUUUUUCUAGUGCACACAUUUAUUUAAAUCAUUUAGUAUGUCAUUUAUCCUAUGUGCAGUAUAAUGAUGUAGUUGGCAGUGCGCCCCACCCCCAAGAAGGCUUAUAGAGAAGAGAGAAAGCAUAACAUUAGGUUUUUUUUGUACUUGUUGUAUGCAUAGUUACCGUUUUAUUAUUAUUGUUGUUGUUAUUAUUAUUUUAAAUUGGUUCUGUUGCUUGCACUGAGCUGUGAAGCAGCUUUUUUUUUCAUUUUUAAACCUUAAGUACAUAACAUGUGGCAGUGAAAUUUUUAUUGUAUUAUGUAGGGUGACUACAGUAUGAUUGUAAUGUCAACAAGAUAUUAUGAAUAUUUGCAUUGCAAAACUAAGUUGUCCAAAAACUGUAAGGUACAGUAAAUCAGAACUUCACUGUUACAAAUGCAGGGUAGUUAGAGAGGGUAAUUUAAUCACUUAAUGUUUUAAGCUCAUUACUACCAGAGCAAAUCAUUUCAUACCCCCUAGCAGUUAAGUUUCAUACUGGAUUCCAGAGUGAUCUGAAUAAAAAGGACAGUUAAUGUA